AUUGAUAAACUGUAGUACUAGGCCUAAAUACUGUAAAAUUAACUUUUGCUAGGUUCAAAAACACUAAUAUAGUAUCUAAUAUCUACGAAUUUUAUUCCAGCUUACUAUAGUAAAUAAUGUUUACUACAGUAUUUUUCCUGUGUGUGUAGUAUAAUGAUCUUACCAAGUAGCUAUACCAAUACUUACGGUAAUUCCCCUAGUCUUUUCUAAGCAUUACGGUAAUGUUAUAUAAAGCUGAAUUGGACCCGUUCGGCUUGGACUGCUGUCCAUCUGCUCUGUGCUCGAGAUUUUCCGCUCGGACGGCUUUAUUAUCAACUAACCUCUUUAUGUUAAAUGUUCAUAUUUUGUACAUUUGCAGGUAUAAUUUAAUCUAACAUUUGAUCCGAACGUCACGAUGAGCUCAAUCAAUGUGAAAAAGCUGAAAGUGAACGAGCUGAAGGACGAGCUGAAGAAGAGAAAUCUGUCUGAUAAAGGACUGAAGGCCGAUCUGAUGUCGCGACUGCAGGCCGCUCUGGAUCAGGAGGAGCUGUCCACCGAUACCAACGGUGCUGAAAGAGAGGACGGUUACAUGGCCGAUGAAGACCUUGAGGAAGAAGAUCUGGUUGGAGAGAGCAUGGAGGCCGACGAGGAGGAGGAUGGAGAUGAGGCGGAGGCAGAGGAGCAUCAGGAUGAUGACAUGUUGGAUGAGGAGGACGCCGGGGUGGAGAUGGACAACUCGGACGAGGAUGAAGACGCGCUGCUUAAGGAAGAAGAGGAUGAGAUGGAGAAAUUUGACGAGGAUGAUACCGCUCAAGAUAUCGGAUCUGGAAAGGGAGAUGCGGACAAACACGAGAGUGAUGAUCAGAAGAAUAAGAAGGGUGUAAAGAGACGUCGAGAUGAACAUGGAAGGGGCUACUUUGAGUUUAUUGAAGAAAGCAAAUACAGCCGGGUAAAGUCGCCUCAGCCACCGCUGGAAGAAGAAGAUGAAGAGUUUGAUGAUACUACUGUAUGUCUGGACACCUAUAACUGUGACCUGCACUUCAAAGUGUCUCGGGAUCGAUACAGCGCCUCUUCUCUCACCAUGGAGAGCUUUGCUUACCUGUGGGCAGGAGGACGAGCAUCUUAUGGUGUGGCAAAGGGCAAGGCCUGCUUUGAAAUGAAGAUUAUUGAGAGGAUUCCUGUAAAGCACAUCUCCAGUAAAGGAAUAGAGAUUCAUGAUGUCCUGGUGGGCUGGUCACUUGCAAGCAGCUCCCUUCUGUUAGGAGAGGAUGCAUACUCCUAUGCCUUUUCUACUAAGGCCAAGAAAACCAGUAACUGUGUGACGGAAGACUAUGGAGAGGCAUUUGAUGAGAAUGAUGUUGUCGGUUGCUUCAUAAACUUUGAUGGUGCAGAAGUUGAGAUUUCCUUCUCUAAGAAUGGACAAGAUCUAGGAUGCGCUUUUAAAGUCAGUAAGGAUGAGCUUGGAGGAAAGGCACUUUUCCCGCAUGUGCUCUGCCACAACUGCGCAGUUGAGUUUAACUUUGGCCAGCGAGAGACGCCGUUUUACCCUCAACGUGAUGGCUUUACGUUCCUACAGAACAUUACGGUGUGUGAUCGCGUCAGAGGACCAGUGGGACCUGAGACCAAAAAGGACUGUGAGGUCAUAGUCAUGGUUGGACUGCCCGGAUCUGGAAAGACAGAAUGGGUUACAAAGCACACGCAAUCCAACCCUGGAAAAUAUAAUAUUCUUGGAACAAACACAAUAAUAGAGAAAAUGAUGAUUUCCGGUUUGAAGCGGCAGAUGAAAGAUGUCACAAAGAUCGCAGCCAUAUCUCAGCGUGCUCCGCUCUUCCUCGGGAAGUUUAUUGAGAUUGCAGCGCGUAAAAAACGCAACUACAUUCUUGACCAGACUAACGUAUCAGCACCAGCCCAAAGAAGGAAAAUGUGCCUGUUUGCUGGCUUCCAACGGAAAGCUGUGGUCAUCUGCCCGACAGAUGAUGAAUACAUACAGAGGACUCAGAAAAAAGCAGAGACAGAUGGCAAAGACGUGCCCGAACAUGCUGUGCUAAAAAUGAAAGGAAUAUACACGUUGCCUGUGGAAGGUGAAUGUUUCAGUGAAGUGCUUUAUGUUGAGCUUCAGAAAGAGGAAGCAACCAAACUGCUAGAGCAAUACAAGGAAGAGAGCAGAAAUUCCCUUCCGCCGGAGAAGAAGCUCAACCAGGGAUUCAUUCAGCCGAAGAGAGGAGGCAACCGGGGACGAGGAGUCAAAAAUCCGUUCAUUCGUGGUGGUGGUGGUGGACGCGGUCAGAGAGGAGGAAGAGGAGGCUUUCAGAGCCGGGGCAACUUCAGGGGCUUGCCUGGACCUCGAGGUGGGUUCAACAGACCACCAAGAGGUUUCCUUCCUCCCCCUCCAUUCAGAGGAGGCUUCAACCGGGGGAGUUUUAACCGGGGUGGUGGGAUGCCCAACCGAGGUGGCGCCCCCAGACCGGGGGGACCGGGUCGUGGUAAUAUGGUUAACAUGGGCAGCAGAGGUGGAGGAGGCAUGCACAGGGGCAACAUGGCCAGAGGUGCCAACAGGGGCAACUUUAACCAGAAGUUCAGGGGUCGAGGAGGAAAUAAUCGUGGUUUUAAAAAUGGGAAUUAUAGCAUGAACAAAGCACAAGCUUUCAAUCAGAGCUGGCAACAAGGGUUCUGGAAUCAGAAGCCAUGGAGUCAACAAUACCAUCCUGGAUAUUACUGAAUAAACUAUAGCUGUGAUGGACUGAGAUCAAAAUCAUCAGCUUUAAACCAAGAGGAGCGUCCUUUUUCUCUGAUGUCCUGUUGUGUUUUUAACAGAUUUUAAUAGGACUUUACACAUCUAAGUCUUGAGGCUUUGAAAACGCUUCACAGGUUACCUGUUGCAUUUUUUUAAAAUAUAUUAUGUCCUAUGACAUCGUAUUAAAAAUCAGGAACCUAAGUAUUUUCAGGGUGGGACGUUUGUCUUUUAAAAACAUUUGCGGUUCUGAAUUUUGCUUUUAGACUUAUGUGUGAAUCUUUGUGUAAAGGAUAAUAUAAGGAUAAAAUUGUUGAGAAAAUUUGCAGUUAUGAAUUUAAAAAAAAUUCUGCUGCAAUAAUAUUGUUUAGUUAAAAAAAAACAUUAUUUAAUGUAAAACCUUGUAUGACAUAACAAUGGAAGAAAACUUUGUAUAUUUAUAUUUAAGUUAUGCGCAACUUUAAUCUAUAGAUAUAUAUCUAAAGGCCCUUCUAAAGUAUUUGAAAGAAAUUUCCAGUGUAAUUAUGUGGUGUGUAUGUUAUUAAAACCUUUUUAUCUGUACAUAAAUUAAGGAAGGUGCUAAACAGUCUUUUC